AUGGCAUGCAUUUCUUAUUCGUUUAAGACUUUGUGUUUGUUCCUCUUGUUCGUUGCCGCUGCAAGUCGUCCAACCAAUAAGCCAAAGGUUUUCAACGUCCGACGCUAUGGCUCAAAACCGGAUGGGAAAACUGAUAACGCCAAUGCAUUCACAAGUGUAUGGAAAAGUGCAUGUGGAAGGAAAAGUGGAAGUAGUAAAAUUUACGUACCAAAAGGAACAUUCUACCUCGGUGGUGUAGAGUUCUUGGGUCCAUGCAAAAAUCCUAUUGAAUUCAUUAUCGAUGGAACUUUAUUGGCUCCUGCAAACCCUAUGGAUAUUAAGCAAGACAUAUGGAUCAAUUUUAGGUAUAUCAACGAUCUCUCUAUCUCUGGAUCAGGUAUACUUGACGGCCAAGGAGAACAGUCUUGGCCACUCAAUGACUGCCACAAAAACCCUAAUUGUCCUAAACUAGCUAUGAAUAUGGGAUUUGCUUUCGUUAACAACUCAAAUAUCAAGGACAUAACAUCACUCAACAGCAAAAUAGGACACUUGAACUUUUAUUCCGUCCAUCACUUUAACAUUACUGGAGUCACUAUAACAGCUCCUGGCGACAGUCCCAACACUGAUGGUAUCAAGAUGGGUUUUUGUAGCAACAUUCAAAUCUCCAAGACAAACAUCGGGACCGGAGACGAUUGUAUUGCUAUUCUUUCUGGAACCACUAACCUCAAUAUCUCUAACGUCAAGUGUGGUCCCGGACAUGGAAUUAGUGUCGGAAGCUUAGGGAAAAACAAAGAUGAGAAAGACGUAAAGGAUUUAACGGUAAGAGACGUCAUUUUCAAUGGCACAAGCGAUGGUAUUAGGAUCAAGACCUGGGAAUCUUCAGCUUCGAAGAUCCUUGUUUCGAACUUCGUGUAUGAGAAUAUUCAGAUGAUUGAUGUUGGAAACCCUAUCAACAUCGACCAGAAAUAUUGUCCUUACCCACCUUGUGAACAUGAACAAAAGGGAGAGUCUCACGUUCAAAUCCAAAAUCUCAAGUUAAAAAACAUAUUUGGAACAUCGAAGAACAAAAUGGCAGUGAAAUUGCAAUGUAGCAAGAGCUUCCCAUGCAAAAAUGUUGAGUUAAUUGACGUUAACCUAAAACACAAUGGAGUUGAAGGUGGAUCUUCCACUGCGGUGUGCGAAAAUAUUAACGGUUCCGCGAGUGGUAAUAUGGUUCCUCAGCAUUGUCUGAAUUGA